GGCUACCUCGAGCCCUUCGACCCUACAAAUCCAGAGGGAUGGGAGUCCUACGCGGAGCGGGUCGAGUUCUACCUCCGGGCCAACAAGAUCACUGACGCCGGAGCAAAGAGGGACGUUCUCAUGAGCGUCUGCGGGCCUGCCACGUUCGAGAUCGCCAAGGGUCUCUCGGCACCCGCCCGUCUGGCGGAGAAAUCCUAUGACGAGAUCAUCCGACUCCUCACGGGACACUUCUCACCACAGCCCUCGCGGGUGGCUCGCAGGUUCCUGUUCCACAAACGGGACCAGAUCGCGGGCGAGUCCGCCGCGGACUACCUGGCGGCCCUCCGCAAACUCUCCCACGCGAUAGACUCUACGUCCCUACAGGUACUGAACUUGCCCCACGAUUCCCCCGAUAAAAUCAAAGUGACGGUCCUUAUCGAGGGGAACCCCUGCCAAAUGGAGGUGGACUCAGGGUCCUCCAUUUCCCUCAUAGCGGAGGAAACCCUAAGAGAACUGUGUCCCCGCCAGCGGCUGCAACUUCGGCCGGCAGACUUCAUACUCCGGGACUUCCAGAAGAACCCGGUGCAAAUUGCAGGGUGGGCGCGGGUACAAGUCGAGCGGGGGUCCUUCCACGGCCCGCUGGACAUCCUGGUGGUAAAGCGCCAGCUGGCUACCCUGCUAGGUCUGGCCUGGUUCAAACCCAUGGGAAUCCGCGUGGAGGGGGUGGGGCAGACCUUAACGCCCCGUGGGUUCGGGGAGAUUUGCAAGGAAUUCCCCGAGGUAUUCGAUGGGUCCCUAGGAAGCUACCGGGGGCCGGCCAUCUCCCUGCCCCUAGACCCCACAGUCAGGCCGAUUCGGCUCAAGGCCAGGAGGGUCCCGUUCGCCUUGAAACCUAAGAUUGAGGCAGAGCUAGACCGCCUCACGGCACAAGGCGUCCUUGAGCCGGUGGACUACGCCACUUGGGAAACCCCCAUCGUUACCCCCAUCAAACCAACCGGGGAGGUGCGGAUAUGUGCCGAUUAUAAAUGCACCAUAAAUAAGGCUCUACAGGACAACCCCUAUCCGGUGCCGGUAGUGAGCCACGUCCUAGCCGCCCUAGCGGGGGCUAGGAUAUUCGGGAAGCUAGACCUAGCCCAAGCCUACCAGCAGCUCCCAGUAGACAGCAAGACGGCAGAGGCCCAAACGAUCGUGACACACAGAGGGGCCUUCCGCGUAAAGAGGCUGCAGUUUGGGGUGAGCGUCGCUCCGGGGAUUUUCCAGAGCAUAAUGGACUCUCUCCUUAAAGGAAUUCCCGGAGUCCAGCCGUUCUUCGAUGACGUUUUAGUCGCCGCCCCGGACCCCGAAGAAUUUGGCAACCGCCUCCGAGAGGUGCUCCGCCGGUUCCAGACCGCGGGGCUCAAGGUCAAGAGGGAGAAAUGUUUGCUGGGGGUUCCACGGGUGGAGUUCCUAGGGUUCGCCGUAGACGCAACUGGAAUCCACCCCACGGAAGAAAAGACCCGAGCCAUCGUACAAGCCCCGACCCCCACGAGCAAAGCGGAGCUACAAAGCUUCUUGGGGGUGCUCAACUUUUACCAUUCCUUCCUCCCCCACAAGGCUGCCCUCGCGGAGCCCCUUCACCGGCUGCUGGACAAGAAAGCCCCUUGGGUUUGGGGCAAACGACAGGCCGCCGCGUUUCAGGCGGUCAAGGACGUCCUGGUGUCCAAUGCGGUGCUCCACCAUUUUGACGAGGCCCUCCCCGUCAUCCUGGCAUGCGAUGCGUCGCCGUAUGGGGUGGGGGCAGUCCUGGGGCAUCAGCUGCCAGAUGGGAGGGAGGUACCGGUCGCAUACUACUCCCGCACGCUCACCCCAGCCGAGCGCAACUACGCGCAGAUCGACAAAGAGGCCUUGGCAAUCGUGGCGGGGGUCCGCAAGUUCCAUGAGUACCUAUAUGGGAGACGGUUCACAAUUGCCACGGACCACAAGCCCCUUUUAGGUCUACUAGCCCCAGACAGACAGACCCCCCAAAUACUCUCACAGCGCGUGUUGAGGUGGAACCAAUUCCUCAACUCAUACACGUACACACUGGUUCAUAGGGCCGGCAAGACUAUGGGUCACGCGGAUGCGCUCAGCCGCUUGCCGCUCCCGGAGACGGGUCCGGACCCCGCACCCGCACACCAGGUCAUGAUGAUAGAGAGCCUCCCGGAGCCGCCACUCCACGCCGCGGAGGUGGCCAAGGCCACUCAGAAACACAAGACACUGGCACGGGUGCUCGACUGGGUGGUGAGGGGGUGGCCAGAGGGAAACAUGGGUGAGGAAUUCAGGCCUUACAAGGCGAGGAGGGAGGAAUUAGCCGCACACAAGGGCUGCAUACUAUGGGGCAGUAGGGUAGUGAUUCCGCCCCCGCUCCAAAGGCGUGUUUUAGAAUCCCUACACGAGACUCACCCCGGCAUAAAUACUGUUACAGCUGGUUUUAAAAAGAACCAAGAAGCUCUUAACGAGAUGAAAAUAGACUUGAUGUUCCAGAUUAAGAAAACCAAUGACCAGCUGGCAGACUUUCAAAAACAAGUAUUGGCUAACACGCAACAAGUCCAUGACUUAACUGCCAAGGUUGAGAGAAUGGAAGAUCGAGAUAAGAGAACUUCUAAUAUAGUGAGAGAAAACCAAACAGAAUUGAUGGAGCUGGAGGAUCAUGUGAUGAGGCUUGAAAUGGAAAAAGCUGCAACUAUUCUUCGAUUUCAAAAUUUACCAGAAGAGAAGGAGGAAGAUUUGAUUAGUAAGAUUAUAUAUAUCCUGAUAGUGGAUGACGAAGACUUACUGGAAGAAGGACCCAAGGACAUCCUUUGGGCCAAAAGAGUGUCCUCAAGCUAUAUAAGGAAAUUUAAACUUCCCAGGGAAGUCCAAGAACAGCAAAGAAGUCCUCGGUGGUCCUUAAAUUUACAAAUUUUAAAAGAGACUAAAUUCUUGGAGGUGGCUAAAAAAGAGAUUCAGGAAUUUUUUAAACUCAAUGUUGAAAAAGAUACGAAAAUCCCAAUUAUCUGGGACGCAUUUAAGGCCUUUUUCAGAGGAGUUGCGAUUAGAUAUUCAUCAGAGAGAAAGAGAGAACAAAGGAAAGCCUACAAUGAACUUAUAACAAAACUGAAGCAUUGCGAGAAACAACAGAAAACCGGAAACUCCAGCCAAAGGAAGACCAGAAUCAUGUUUUUUCAACAUCAAAUAAAUGCUCUCUUGGCGGAAGAAAUUGAGAAAAAACUGAAGUGGGCAAGACAAAACUAUUUUGAAAAUGCUAACAAAGUGAGUAGAUGGCUGGCUUAUAGGCUGCGAAAGGAGAAGGAGAAAAAGAUUAUAAAAAUGUUGAAAAAUCAAGCCAAGGAAGAAGUGUUUCAAAACUCCCAGUUGAAAGAAAUUAUUCAAGAUUUCUACCGGAAUCUUUAUAAAAAGCAGAGGAUUGAUUUGCCAAAACAAGAAGAUUACAUAAAGGGGGUAGAAAUGAAGCAAUUAACAAGGGAACAGAAAGCAAGUUUGGAGAAUCCCAUCUCAAUACAGGAGAUUGUGGACGUAAUCAGAAUUCAAAAAAGUAACAAGACUCCAGGUCCGGAUGGUCUUCCGAUUGAGUUUUUUAGAGCCUUUGAAGAUUCAUUAUUGCUACCCUUCAAAAAAGUAGUUGAGAAUGCCUAUAACACAGCUGAGAUUCCAGACUCUUGGAAAGAAGCUUUAAUUACGCUUAUUCAUAAGGAAGGUACAGAUCCUUCAGAAAUCAAAAAUUAUAGACCAAUUUCGCUUUUGAACAGUGAUUACAAGGUAUACGCAGCCAUAUUGGCAAAUAGGUUGAAGAAAGUAAUUGCUGGCUUAAUUCAUGAAGAUCAGACUGGUUUUGUUCCAGGUCGAUUAAUGAACCAGAACGUGAGGCUAUUGUUGAAUGCGUUUGAAUAUUAUAGAGAACAUCCUGACAAAGAACUUGCUGCCAUAUUUGUGGACGCAGAGAAGGCCUUUGAUAAUGUUAACUGGAACUUUAUUAAAGCGACAUUGUCUGCAGUCGGCUGUGGUGAGAGAUAUUCCAGAAUGGUUGAAGCGGUUUACUCAAAGCAGGCUGCAAAAGUGAGCUUUAAUGGAGUAAUGACUGACUCAAUUGAGAUAGAACAAGUUUUCCUUCGAGAAUUCACUAUCAUUGCUAUUGUCUACUACUAUGAUGACCAAGACUGA